UGCAUUCUCAUUGGUCCUUGCCAAGCCUAUAAAUCUACUCACUGUAGCGGUCGACGAGGGAAAGCGGAAUAAGCAAAUCCGAGGAGGAUGCGCACAUCACGCCAUCAUCACUCGCAUGCUGCUGAAGCCGGUAGUGAUCGGAAAUGUGGCCCAAAUUCAAGCUGAUGAUUUGUAAUUACAGUGUCUUAUUUGCGUUAUUAUCAAGUGGAUCAUCAUCAUCUCUUUGUCUCAUACGCUUACCGCAACCGGAAGAGAAUUACACAUCUAGUCAAAUUUGAUACGAACUAGAAUCGUGUAGGCCUAUGUCUAAGUGAAGGGUGUUAAUUUAGUCGAAAUGGUGGCAGGUGAGGUUCUUCAGGAGCAGCAUGUUCUGCCCGACAGCACACCUGACGGCGCUGUCACUGAAGGAAAUACAAACGAGGACAGCGCCUACAAGGAGCUUUCCAAUGGAUCGGUCCGUAUAACGCUGGAUCCGAAGGUGCUGGAACAGGAGCUUCCACCACCGGACGAGAAAGAGGCGAUGCUGUCCGGUGAACAGAGUAACGGAACGCUGGAGACGAGACUCUACUGGAGGCGCUUUGCCGUUCUCGCGGUGUUCAGCCUCUAUUCGCUCGUCAACGCCUUUCAGUGGAUCCAGUACUGCAUCAUUGCAAACAUCUUCAUGGGCUAUUAUAAUGUGUCAAGCAUCGCGAUUGACUGGCUCUCCGUGGUCUAUAUGGCCACGUAUGUACCUUUAAUCUUCCCCGCGACGUGGCUGUUGGAUAAGAAGGGGCUGCGGAUGACGGCGUUGUUAGGGGCCGGGUUGAAUGCCCUGGGCGCGUGGGUGAAGUGCGCCAGCGUGGGGCCCGGCCUGUUCUGGGUCACCAUGACCGCACAGAUCAUAUGCUCUGUGGCACAGGUGUUCAUCCUCGGCCUCCCCUCCAGAAUCGCGUCGGUUUGGUUCGGCCCGAGAGAAGUUUCCACGGCCUGUGCCGCAGCGGUGUUGGGCAACCAGCUUGGUGUAGCCAUAGGUUUCCUGCUCCCACCUGUACUGGUUCCCAACACAGCUGACAACAAAGAACUCAUGGGCCACAACAUCAGCAUAAUGUUCUAUGGAACAGCUGGAAUUUCAACUCUGCUCUUCUUUCUAACAGUAUUUGUCAUCAAGGACAGACCUGCACUCCCACCCAGCAAAGCACAAGCUGUUCUCUCCACUGGUCCAGCCGAAGACUAUUCAUACAAGAAAUCAAUCAUCAACCUCUUCAAGAACAAGCCAUUCAUUCUGCUCCUCAUCAGCUAUGGCAUCAUGACCGGAUCAUUCUACUCUGUAUCUACACUUCUCAAUCAAAUGAUAAUUUUUCAUUAUCCGGGUGAAGAGCUAAACACAGGGAGAAUCGGCUUGACUUUGGUGGUGGCUGGAAUGUUUGGCUCCAUACUGUGUGGAAUCUGGUUGGAUCGUACUAAAACCUAUAAGUAUGUAUAUCUGCCAAACCUUCUGUGUGUCAAAACCGCAGAAGUGGUCAUUGGUCAGGUGUAUAUGCCUCAUGUUACUACAAUUCUUUUGGAAAGGUUUUUUAUGACUGGUUACCUUCCCAUUGGCUUCGAAUUUGGGGUCGAAAUCACAUACCCUGAGUCGGAGGGCACGUCAUCUGGUCUUCUGAAUGCAUUUGCACAGGUGUUCGGCAUCAUUUUUACUUUCAUCCAAGGGCACCUUACCACAUACUAUAGCCCACUCAGCGGAAACAUUUUCUUGUGUGCUUGGAUUUUCCUUGGCAUCAUCCUAACAGCUCUGAUUAAAUCAGACCUCAAAAGACACGGCGUCAAUGUGAGCAAUAUAAACAAAGGACAAGCAGUUCCCACUGAGCUGCCUUCUGAAAAAGCAUCCAGUGACGUCAAGCAGGAGUCUUCUAGCUUACCUUGUGAGACUUCAAUUUAAGUCUUAAACGUCUCCAACAGCACAGCAGACAUCACAACAGAUCACAGACUCUCCUGAGAUGACUUGAAAUCUCCUUAUUUUGCUUUAAUGUUAUGAUAUUAUAAAGAAUUUUCAGUGAAAACAGACAGUGAUAAGUGUUCACAAAUAUGCUGUGAAUUAAUUUCUCCAAAUGUAGGCCGAAAUGUGCACAUACAGUCUGUCUGUAUAUGAUACAUGCAUGAUACUUUUUAUUUGUUUCAAGAAUUGUGGACCAAAUGUUAGGUAUUUAACAGGGCUUGUAAUGCCUAUAUGCACAAUCCUGUUAGUGUGAUUGGAACAGCAUGUUUGUUUGCUUCGUCUCAAAGGACCUUUCUGACUGUGUGCUACUGUGAAGCAGUGUUGUUCAUUGGUACAUCUGCUGAUCAUGUAAUAAUUCCACAAAGGCUAUAAAUUCUCAUUUUAUUUUUUCAGGAUGAUGAAGAUUGCCCAUAUGUUAAAUGAAGAGUGUUCUGUAAACCGAAA